UAAUUUUGAAGUGUAUUCUUUUUACAGAGAAAACCUCCAUCAAAAAUAAAGCAAUACAAUGAAUGCAUCUUGAAAAGAAAGAACUCAGAAGAACAGAAUGAUUCAGCUGUGAAACAGAUGAAGAUUAAAGACUAUUCCAUGUCGUGCAGGCAGGUUGCUCAGUCCACAAUUGACAGGCUUGUAGUUGAAUUUGUCUGCGAAAGCCUUCAGCCCUUUACCGUAGUUGAACUUCCAACAUUUAAGUUGCAACCUGGCUGUACAGUUAUGUCCAGACCAACUGUGAAGCUGAGAGUUGAGGAAGUGGCCACAAAGGUUAAGAAGAACAUCAUUGCUGAGAUGGCAAAAGUCAGCUGUAUAGGUACCACAACUGAUUGUUGGACAGCACGACAACGGAGUUACAUCGGUGUAACUGCACACUGGAUUGAUGAAUGUACACUGGAAAGAAGGUCUGCUUCCAUUGCCUUUAGACAUUUGAAAGGAUCACAUACAUUUGAUGUGCUCGCAGAAACCCUGGAUGACAUCCACUCCACAAAAAUAGUCAGAACAACAACUGAUAGUGGAUCAAAUUUUAUCAAAGCAUUUAAGGUGUAUGGUGAAUAGAAUCCGUAAGAGUUUAUUGGUGCUGACUCUGCUGAGGCAGUGACACUGGAGAGUGAGGAAAAUGAAGAAGGAGUUGAGGUUCAGGACACCUGUUCCAUUUUAAACACUAACACUGGAUUGGAGUAUCAUCUACCUAAGCAUCAGCGUUGCGCGUGUCAUCUCCUUAAUUUGGUGGCUACUGUGGAUGCUUCCAAGGCAGAGGAAAGCAGUGAGGUAUAUAAGAAGCUUUCCCAUUCAACGUUUGCGAAAUGCCAGGCAUUAUACAAUAAAACCAGCCGGUCUGCCAUCAAUGCUGAGAUCGUCCAAGAAGAAUGUAAGCUGCAGUUCAUUCAGCCCAACCAAACAAGAUGGAACUCAAUGUACAAUGCUGCAGAGAGGGUAAUGCGGAUCCUGAAGGAGCAGGGAGAAGCAUCCCUUCGGAAUGUAUGUGCAGCAUUCAAAAUCAAAAUGCUAAAUCCUGCUGAAGUUUCUUACCUCUCUGAAUACUGCAUUGUGAUGAAGCCUAUUUCCAUGGCCUUGAACAUCCUUCAGUCCGAAACAAACACUCAGAUGGGGUGGCUGCUUCCCACCAUCUACCUUCUUGAUUCCAAGCUCAAAAAGAUGGAGGCUUCAAUCAAGAUAUGUCUUCCCCUUAUUCAUGCUCUGCAGAAGGGUCUACAAAAGCGCUUUGGGGAGUUUAUGGAAGAUCCGGAACUCAUCAGUGCUACAAUUCUUCUUCCAAAAUUCAAAACGUCAUGGACUGACAAGGCCCACAUCAUAAAAGCAGGGAUGGAUUACAUCCUGCAUCAUCUUGACGCCAUUAAGGACACCCAGCAAAACGACUCACAGCAUGAUUCCUCUGACGAGGAUGACUUCUUUUCUUCCAUUAAGACUGUUCAUUCUCCAACUGCAUCUGAAUUGGAUGGGUACUUGGCUUGUGCCUCAGAAGAGAUGGGACUGCUUCAAUCGUUUCAUUUGGUGAAAAAGCGAAGCCUCAAACUGAACACACCCUUGCCUGCCUCUGCAGCAUGCGAGCGCCUUUUUAGUUGUGCUGGGCAGCUGUUUACACCUAAACGAGCAAGGCUGGACAGUACAAAUUUUGAGAAUUAGCUCAUUGUAAAACUGAACAAAUUCAAAAUGUAGGAUUGUUGUCGGCCCCUACAUUAAAAUCUCUGCAAGUCUGCGUUCAUGUUAAGAGACUUGUUGGUUAAUGCAUGUUAACGUAACCUUUUUAAGUUAAAUUGUUAAUGUACAAUGCUUUGCAUUAUUAUUAUUAUUUUAUUUUUUUUAAGCUGCAAGAAUAAUAAACGUUACCUGAUUAUUGGCUGCUUUUUCAAAUAUUACAUGCCUGGACUUUCAGUCCUAGCAGUCAAAAAUAAAACUCUGAGUAAUUGUUUUUAUUUUUUUUUACAGAGAAACGUCCAUAAAAGAGAACAACACUGUUAUAAAGCUACAUAUUUAUUUCACAGGGUAUAAGGUGGAAUAAGUCACAGCAUAAUACUCACUACUCUUGAUUACUUUUGAAGGGGCUACUUUUUACUCAUACUUUGAGUGGUAUUUAGGACAGGUACUUUUACUCCACUCACAUUACAUUUUUUGGUAAGUAAUAGUACUUUUACUUGAGUAUGAUUUUUCAGUACUCUUCCCACCACUGCUGCUGAAGCUCCUCCUCCUGUUGCUCUUCCAAUAUGGGCGGAACUCUCCUGCAGUGGCUGGCGUGCACCCAUGUAGGUCUCUCACCGACCUUCACUGCCGUGUGUUUUCAGCAAAACUCGGAAUAGCCCUCGCCACCGUUUCACCCUCCAGUUCUUCAUCCUCAGGUCACAAAUUACCACGUAAUCCCCUGGCCUGAUCUUAUGCAGAAACUUCUCAGCAACCAUCCUCUGGGCAGCUUUCACCUGCACACAACUGUUGGAUAACAGACAAGACAUUUCUUUGCAGUAAUUCAACAUUUUAUUUUCACACACAUCCAUUGAUGGAAGCCUGCGUUUUUCCCCCUUCUAUUCCCAUGAAUGGUGGUCUACCAAAGAGAAUUUCGAAUGUGCUCAAAUUUGUUUUGACUCUCUUUCUCAUUCUCAUGUACAAUAACACAGUUGGGAGUGCUUUCACCCAUGAGCGUCCAGUUUCCUCACAACACUUUGCCAACUUGUUCUUUAUCGACUGAUUUUCCCGUUCAAUAGCGCAUCUGCUGGCGCAAUGUGUAAGGCACAAUGUGUUCUCAUAUCAAUACCUAAGAACUGACCCACCUGUUUUAUUGCCUCAUUGACAAAAUGUGUACUCAAACGGACCUUCUAGGUCUGGUUGGGAUACCAGUUGAGUUUUGACACCUUGUGCCCCAUUGUGUGUAUUACAGAUAACACAUCUUUUUUUUCUUUUUUUAAUUACCAGCAAAUAUUGUGAAGCCCUUGGUAAACCACAA